AUGAAUGGGGUUAUGUCUGCAUCCGAUGGCGGGGAUGAUACAGCUUCUCAGGGCGGCUCGGAAUCUGAUGCUAGUCGAACGGAGAGCAAGUUACAUAGUCGUGCUUCGUCAGUGAAACGGCCGACCACAUUCAAGCCGGUCUCUUUCGCCAAAUUCUCUGUUCCCAAGGCUCCAGGAACGCCUCCCGUGACCAAACUCACCGAGAAGGCACCAUUAGCGUCGGGGACCCCCUUAAGCACAACGUUACAAAACCCACGGCCACGCUUGGUUGCGAAGACGACCAGCAGCCUCCGCGACUCAUCGUCAAAGACAGGCACAGGCGGCGCUCGGCUUGGAGUUGGGCCCGAUCCGAACCAAGUUUGGAAUAGGAAUCGACCGGUCCAGCAGACACCUCCGAAGCACCUUACGGACGAAGAACUGAAACAGCAAUAUGGAAUUCACAUGACGUCGAGAAUACAAGAAGAUGGGGGUGGAACAGAGUCCAAGUGGGCUGAUAUUGAUGACGAUGAAGAUGACUGGGCUCCAGAAACUAUCGAGUGGAAUGAUGGGACCAAGACCGAUUUAUCAAAGAACGAGCCUCACCACGAACCUUUACCGACAGUUCAACCGACGGUUCAACCAACGACCGCACCGAGUUCCACGGACAUAUUAACGGAGGUCAAGGAGAAGCCCAUCAGAGACGAGGGAGCUAUUGAGCAGGGUAGUACGGUCAAAGAGGCUGCCAAAUACAUUGCCAAGCCUGUGACCUCUAUCGGACCUAACCCUACUGUUCUCAGACUAGGUGCCAAUGCAGAGAGGCAAGCAAGAACCGCUAGUAUUACCGCGAAAGGGCCCAAUGAGAAGCCAUCUUCUUCCUCCACGAGCCCAGCUCCCCCCCCUGCCAAGUCACCUUGGGCUCCCAUCCCGCCUGUUGAGAAGAUGUCACCAGUCAUGCCUCAGGUUCAUGCCCAGACACGGGUACCGUUCAGGGAAACAAAGCCAAGCGAUAUUCCCAGCGCCCCUGUUGCUCCAAAAGAGAUUGCAGCAGACGAUUUCAACCGUUCCUGGAGGGAUAGCCAACCGGGAACUCGUGAACUGUACAACUCUAGAUCAGGACGGUACGAACCUGUUCCUGAGCCUCCACGAAAGGGCGCAUGGCGGAAUGAGCAAAACCUUCGCGCGCCGUCCGUGUUGCAACGGCCCCCAGCACAAGGCGAGCACGUGGGGCCAGCUGAACCCUCUGCUGCAUUCCAGACUCACCGGACGAGUGGACAGGACGGAGUUCAUUGGAAUCGCCGGCGGACUUCAUCCAACGUUAGUGGUGGAAGCGGAAGCUUUGGCCGCCGAAUGUCAAUUGGUAGACCCGACGCAGCUCAAAGACCUUUUGAAGGUAGACGUGGCUCUCAGGCAAACGGAAUGAUGGAGGCGGUUUUCCAUGCUCGGGACCAUUACUCAAAGGAGGGUCAACCGCGGGACGCCUCUCCUAUGCGACAGGGAUCCGGUCCUACAUGGCAUGCUCGAGAUUUGACUGUGGAAAGAGUUCCUGGCUCAGAUUCUGGAUUGAGCCACCCUGCCGCACCACCUCCUGCUGAUGGGCAGCACACCGUGCCGCAAGCGCCACAGGAAGAUGCUGUUGCCAUGCAAGAGCGUAUCAUGAAGGAAAAGCGCUUAGAGGCCCGACAGCGAAGAUUGGAGCAAGAGAAGGAAGAAGAAGCUGCGAAACGUGAGAGAAUCCGGCAAAAGCUUGAGGCACUUGGUCCGGCCCCCGACAAGCCUAAGACGAAGCACAAGGAGAGCCCAGAAGUUCGGGCCGCGACGACAGCAACUGGUCCCGCUCAUUCGCCCCCUAAACCACCUGUACCCGAACCAACCGGAGCGCCGAAGCAGUAUGGAAUGAUGAAGGUCCAUCAUCCUGAUACAGUGAAAAAGCUCAUUGAGCGGGAAAGGGGUCAAGAAAAGCCCCCUGCAGGGGCCAGCGCCCGGCGCGCUUCCUCUCCAGCUCGGGAGCCGAAAGUUGAUCAUUCCACGGCCAACGGGUUCCAAGCCGCUCAUGAACAUCCGGAGCAAAAUGAUACGCUUUCCGAGCCGCCUGAUGAGCAAAGCCCUCAAUGGCGGGGUAACGUGAAUGUGCCCAACACAUACUCUCAGUGGACGGCAAACCCUAAGCUUGUUGGUGCGCCGACUCCUUUAACAAACCCUUGGAAGCCGUUGAGCAACGACAAGACGCUAGGGAACGGCAUCUUCGACCAGAGUCUGGGCAACUUCUCGGCGAGAGACCUGAGUUUGCGGAAUCAUCUUGGCCUAGACCAGCCAUCGCUUCCUCCUACCUCACAGCCUUUCCCCACCUCGUCACGGUCCGCACAGGAGAGUACAACAAUAUCCCCGCUGCCAUCUCCCGAGACUAGGCAUGCGGCGUCCUAUGACCAUCUCAGCGUUAUUGCUCGCCCUGGUCCCAUUGGACCCCCAAGAGCACAGCCUUCGCAUUGGCAACACGAAGCUCGAACUGCUGCGUGGAACGACUUUCACGCUGUUGCGACAAAGCGCGAGGCAGAGGAGAACGAGAAGCUGCGUAAUGAGGUUGCCGCGCGUGAAACCCAACCAUCGCUACAAGUUAAUUUCAACGAAACCUGGCGACAGGUUCGUUCCGGAGACCAAACCGGACAGAGACAAGUUGUUGGUGUUUCUAGGACUACAGAUGGAAAUCCUCCUAUGCCAAACCCUCUGUCCGGACUCGAACAUCCCGGCCCUGUUGGCCCUCUGCCUUUUGCCGAAGCUCAUGCACGCCCGAUUCGCAGUUCACGGUUCUUCCCACAGGCGACAGAGCAGAGGAAGCCGGCUUAUGAAGAAGAUUAUCCCCGGAGCCCUUCACCACCCCCUCCCGAAGAGGUAUCGACUCAUCCCGUAUAUUUCGGUGACUCGAAUAGACCUCUAGUACACCUUCCCCAGCCAAAGCCAAUAGUCAAGCUUCCGCCAAAGAUCGUCGCACCACCGCCUCCUCCACCUACUUUUGCCUCGAUGGUCGCCUCGCGUCCUCCCGCGUCGAAUGCCUCGUCCUGGCAAGAGAAGAUCAACACUCUGUUUGGUAAGAAAACGGCAGCUUUCGAGAAGAAAAACUCCUUGGCGGUCUCAUCAGCAUCUAAAGAGCCGCUUGAUGUGCAACUUCAUAUCGCUGCAGUCUCAGUGUCACUACCAUACAAUGGAGAAGCCCAAGCCGGAGAUGGAGAGUUGACUGCAAAGCAAGUUGAGGAAAUAGAGGCCAUGUUCGAGGACCGUGAAAUCGGGUCUCUGCCUGUUAUACGAGUGCCCAUCAUGGCCCCCCCAGCUGCCUGGCGAGCUGCACCGGCACCCUCCCAGGCGCGACUGCGUCAAAAGAUCCUAAAGUCGAUGCAAGUCCACAGUGUUGAACCUUUCUUUUACGACAAGGAUGCUUCUUCUCCAGUCACCCGGGUCUCAAUCAAGUUUCCCGGUGCGGAUGCUGCAAAGACUAUGACUAUCCAGAGGAAAGCAGGUUCUCAUACCUCAAAUCCUCGACCGCGCGGCCCAUCUACAUACAAGCCCCGCAAGAACACGAAGCCACGCGAGGGUUCCAGUAACUCCAACUUCAAGAAGACGCCAUCCCAGCAGGCAAAUGGAAGCACUCCGCCGCCGCGACAAUCACGAAAGGCGUCCUGGGACGCUCCUUCUAGCGCUUCCCAUUAG